ACAACGUAUUCGCGUUUAUUCACGAGGAGUGGAGAGUGGAGAAUAUUCUUCUUCUAGUAGAUAACUCCGAGCCUCAAUUUACUUCAGCCAAUUUUUUGAUUUAUCAAUCAAAAUGUCUCUCCCAGGGCCAUUGGCACUCGUUGGAAAAAAACACAUUGAACAGUUUGGUAGAUGGUUACCGUCGUUAGUAACGUUUGGAGGAGUUGGUUCUUUGGGAUUAUUGUACAUGACUGACUGGAAAGCGGUUUUGCAGUAUGUUCCCUUUUAUGGAACAAAGUUCAGUGAAGAAGAAUGAGUGAGACAAUGAUGUUAAUAAUCGUCAACCAUUAUGGAUAGUGGAUUGCUCGAUGUUAUUGUCAAGCCAAUUAUUGAAAUUUAUCUAUGUAUUGUCUGCUCAGCAAACGAGCGAGAAUAGCAAAAUUGGAAUAAAAGUAGCGUCAAACUA